AUGGCACUCAUCUUCGACCGUCUCAACGACGAUAUUUUCCUCAUCAUCCUCUCCUAUCUCCAGAGGCGAGACCUGUCCGCCUUGUCGCUCACCUGCAAACAUUUCCAUAAGCUUUCCUCUCCAAGACGCUGGACCGCUCUUGCGACACAUAAGGCUUUAUAUGUCUCCUGGUGGCAUGAUAAUAUCGGCACCAACGCUCGUUAUGUCCGUGAGAUACUGGUUGUUGUCAACGAAAGGGCUCCUAUGCUCCCCGAUGUCUUGUUCGCAACCAAGAACAUCCGCUUUGAAGGGGGUCCAAGCGUUUCCGGCGAUCUCCUCUCCCUCCUCUCCGCCAUCAAAUCCUUUCCUCGCCUGUAUGUUCUCAUUCUAAAGCACUUCACGCCGACCACUGCUGUCGACAUUGCUUGCCACCCGUCAUUCCCCUCCAUCCAACAGCUCACCCUCCACGACGUGACGGAGCCUGCUACGGAUCUUUUUUAUCUCUGUCCCAACGUCACCUCCCUGAGACUCGGUCUCAACGUUUUCCAUCAAGCUCACGAAUCUCGACCGAGAUGGCGUUCCUCACCGAUCCCUCGACUCACCCUCACGGCUCUCCGCAUGGAGGCAAGAGACUUCAUGGUCUCGUUUCUGGAGCAACGACCCAUGCGCGCGACACACGUUCGACUAUCCGCGCUCUGGGAGUUCACAUGGGACGGUAUCUCGUCCAUGCAGGACGAAACCGCGUCCCAAUUAGCCUGCGUUCUCACCACGCUCCACCCGCGUUCCCUCUACCUAGAAAUACCAGCGAUUUUGUGCGCCGAUCUGUCUGAUCGCACAGGAACUCUCUGGCAAGAGGUCGCCGCGGCCGCCCCGCACCUGCGCGCGCUCGUGCUCCAUGUGGACUCAUCCCUCUCGGACGACGAUACCAGAUGGGCACCCCCGGAUGCGCUCGUGGCGGAGCUCGCCCGGCUCCCGCUCAUCUGCGUCCAUCUCAAGGCGGAUCCAGACUUCAUCCCCACUCUGCGCGUCGUGGGCGUAUCGGAUGGGUCGCGCAAGUUGGAGGGCGCGCGAUCUACGCAGUGGUGGCGCGUCGAGCGCGGCAACGGCAACAGCGCAGUGCAGUCGCUAGUCGAGCUCUGGCGCGAGGACGGGGAGCGGGCGCUGCUGCUUGUGCAGAGCGAGGCGUUUUGUGCGUCCGAUCUUGACGACAUCUACUCGGAGAAGUGCCGUUACGUGAGGGGGUAA